GCAUCAUCACCCUUUCCUCAAGUGAGCAUCUGGGUUCAAUACACAAAUACACACACAAAACCAAAGAAGCGGAGAGGAGCAAGUAGAAGAGCGGAGGCGAUGGAGCACGAGCACCAGUACAUCAGCAGCAGCAGCUUCGUCAAAGAGAGGAGGCCUCCGGCGAAGAGGGGUCAGGUCAUGAUGCAGAUGGCGAGGACACUGAGCAACCUCGUGUCUCCGGGCGGCGCUGCUGCCGCCGACGACCCGAAGAAAGCCAUUCGCAACAGCUUCAAAGAGGAAACAAGCUAAAACUACACGAAAUAUUAGAUGGGUGUGGUGUAUGGAACCGGAACCUAAAGUGAUCAUCUUGGGGGGGGGGGGUGUUACAGGAUGGCACCUGUUUGAUCCAGUAGAGCGUAACUUCUCUUGUGUGUAAAUUGCUCCAACUUACGUGUGCAGUAUGGGCGAAUUUUCAGAAAGAAAGUUCCAUGUUAUUUAUGGACAAGCUUUUAGUAUGUGUUGCUUGAUUUCUGUUUUCCUACUCUGCUUAGUUUCUACUCUACUACCUGACAAACAAACUGUACAGGGUGUAUUUGGCAAGCUCCGUGUCAUUUGUUUCUCCAAACUGGCAGAAAAUCUUUUACAGACCAUGAUCAGGGACCGUAGCCAGUUCCUCAUCAGGCGUGCUCAGAAAGAUUCUGAAGACUAAGUGGUGCAGUACAGGCAACCAAUCAAUCAGAGGAGACGGGAGAAGAUUCCGACAACUCACUCCCUCAUGCUAGCUAGCAACUUCUAACUGAACGGGCUUACUGAUGUGUGGUUUGGAGCAUGCUUAAUUUAAUUGAGAGGGCCAAUCCUGUGUGUCAGUCGCUGAACAUGUGCUUCUUCUACAUCUACCUAGUCGAUGGACGGACACUUCCUUCCGGGCUCGAAGGUCAACUACUGGCAAGCAGUCUGCAGAUAGAUCGGCGAUCUGGAUCGAUGUCACCCUUGUGGAAGGCCGUCCUCUGCUUGACGCUGUUUGCCGCAUGGCGAUCGCAGGUCGAAUUCAGGACAAUGACCUCUCGGCGCCCGCCGCUUGACUGCGCUCAGCGUUGCCCUUGCAGCGGCCAGAGCCACCUCCACCGCCCUUACAGCCACCCAGAGACGCAAUCACGCGCCCCCUUGCUCGACGAGGCGCCUCCGGGUGGCCACUCUGUCGCUGCAGGGGCAGCGGCUGGCGGCGACGCGGGCGGGAAGGCGUCCUGCCUGCCUCUCGCCAGGGAGGUCGGCGUCCGGGAGGCAGCCGGCGGGGGAGGCAAUUUCAUCGUGUCGCCGCUGUCCAUCCACGCGGCGCUCGCGCUGGUGGCCGCCGGCUCGCGGGGGGAAACGCGCGAGGAGCUCCUGGGGUUCCUCGGGUCAACGUCGAUCGACGAGCUGUACGGCGCGGCGGCGACGGAGCUGGCAGGCAGGCUCAACGGCCUGACGCAGACGUCCUUCGCCUGCGGCGUGUGGGUCGACCGGGGGCUGGCGCUCGAGCCGGAGUUCAUGGCCACCGCCGCGUCGAAGUACGCUGCCACCGCGGAAUCCGUGGGUUUCUCCUCGGAGCCCGAGCAGGCGAGGCAGCGAGUGAACGCCUUCGUCGCCGGCGCGACGAACGGGCGCAUCCGCGACGUCCUUCCUCCCGGCUCGGUCAGCUCGUCCACGCGAGUCAUCCUCGCCAACGCGCUCUACUUCAAAGGGACGUGGUCUCAGCCGUUCGACCAGUCGGCGACCUUCAGCGCGCCGUUCCAUGUCCCGGACGGCACCAUCGUGCGCGUGCCGUUCAUGACGACGGGCCGGUUCGAGUUCGAGCAGCACGUCGCCGUCUACCCGGGCUUCAGGGCCCUCAAGCUGCCAUACAAGAACGACGGCGACCACGUGGCGCAGCGAGCCGAGGCUGCAUUCUACAUGCUUCUCCUCCUCCCGGACGGCGCCACCCUCGGUCUCGCCGAUCUCUACGACAAGGCGGUGGCGACGCCGGGGUUCAUCAAGAGCCACACGCCGGCGGGCCAGGUUCCGGUCGGGCGGUUCAUGGUCCCAAAGUUCAAGUUCACGUUCGAGUUCGAGGCGUCCGCAGACAUGCAGAAGCUUGGGGUCACGAGGGCUUUCCAAGGCGGCGACUUCUCGGGCAUGGUGAGCGGCGGGGAUGGGCUCUUCAUAUCGGGCGUGUACCAUAAGGCCACCAUCGAGGUGGACGAGCUGGGCACCGUGGCCGCCGCAGCAACGGCCGUAGUUUUCAGUCAGAGCGCGAGCGCGCCACGGCCUCCGGUGGAUUUCGUGGCGGAUCGGCCUUUCUUGUUCGCCAUCGUUGAGGAGAGAACCAGCGCAGUACUGUUCCUUGGCCAUGUGGUUAAUCCUCUGAAUGAAUGAGCAGUUGACUCUGGGGCUGUGAGUGGGUAUAAAGAAUUCCAAACCAAGCCGUGAAAUGUGGUGUCACAUGUUCAAAGGUUGUAUGCUUCGUCAAGAGGUCAGGGUACUCCUUCGAUUUCAAAAAGGAUGUAUGAUUGUUUUGCCGGAUCAACUAUCUUUUACCUCUAGCUUAAUGAACAUUGGUAUAUCUAUGAGAAAGGAUGAUAAUGAUAUUA